AUGCGAGUCGCCGGGUGGCUGCCGCUCGCCGGGCUGCUGCUGGCGGUGCCGGUGCCCGCCGCGCGCCUGGCCGCCGCCGGGUACGGAGCCGCAACCAGAUGGCCGCCGCACCAAGGGCUCCGGGGCGCCGCGGCCGCGCUCAAGCGGCACUCGGAGGGCACCUUCACCAGCGACUUCACCCACUACCUGGACAAGCUGAAGGCCAAGGACUUCGUGCACUGGCUCAUCGACACCAAGCGCUACAGGUAA